CCGAGCUGGGCAGGUGCGCUCAUCGCGGGAGGAGGACACCCUCAGCAUCCGCGCGCAUAGCCCGGCUGCGAGCGGAAGCAGAAAGACCCUCCCCGAAGUCGUAGAGCGGGCUUCCCCCGGCUCGCCUCUGACUGGGAGUGGCAUUCGCUUUGCGUGAGCGGUGGAGCCUCUAGCGCCAGCAUCGGCAGUGGAUGCAGCGCCUGCUCUGAGAUGCUCUACUGGCUGAGGGAGGAAGAGAUGUCUCUGCAGGAGCUCCAGCAGCGGGUGGACUGUGUCAUCACCCAUGUCGAUGAAAUAAUGCAGCAGGAGAUCAGACCUCUCCUUGCUAAGGACAUCAUUGAGCAGCUCAAGCGACAGUUUGCCUUGCUCUCAGGGGGAAGAGGGAAAGAUGGUGCUCCGAUAAUCACGUUCCCGGAGUACGCUGGUUUCAGCGAUCUGCCGGAUGAAGAUUUUCUCAAUGUCGUCACAUAUCUGACCAGCAUUCCCAGCUUGGACGCAGCCAGCAUCGGGUUCAUCAUAAUCAUUGACCGCCGCAGAGACAAAUGGAGCUCCGUGAGGACCUCCUUGGCCCGAAUAGCGGGGGCGUUUCCAGGCAACCUCCAGCUGGUUCUGGUGUUGAGGCCUUCCCGCUUCAUUCAGAGAGCCAUUGCUGACAUUGGCAUCCGGCUGCACCGCGACGACUUUAAAAUGAAGGUACCGAUCAUCAUGCUGAACUCGGUCUCCGAUUUGCACGGCUACAUUGACAAAGCCCAGCUCACGUGUGAACUUGGCGGAAAUCUGGAGUAUUGUCACAAGCAGUGGAUCAGCCUGCGGACGGCCAUUGAGAACUUUGCAGUGACAGUGAAGAGCACAGCCCAGAAGCUACAGAAGUUUGGCACGGACCUGGCCGAGACGGAGCUCCCCAACGACGUGCGGUGCACGAAAGACCUCCUGGCCGCCCACAAUGAGAAGCACGACAAACUGAAGGAAGAACUCAAACAAGCUAUGAAAGAAGGAACGACUCUGCUCUCUUGCAUCAAAGAGCAAGCAAAUAAAAACCCAAAUAACAAGUCGAACCCCGACGAAGCAGAGAACCUCACAACCGUGGAGCGGCUUCUGGCCCAGCUGGACGAAACUGAAAAUGCGUUCGAGCAGUUCUGGUCCAAACAUCACCUGAAGCUGGAGCAGUGCCUGCAGCUACGGCACUUCGAGCAAGACUUCCGUGAAGUCAAAGUGUCCCUGGACAGCCUGAUGGCGACACAGGCCGCCCUCUCCGACAUCGGGGACUGUGUCACCCGUGUGGAGCAGCUCCUGAAGGACCUAAGAGCCCUGGAAGAGAAAGCGCAGGAGUCCCUGGAAAAGGCCCAGCUGCACGCGCUGCACGGCGACCAGCUCAUCCAAAGCAACCACUACGCCGUCGACUCCAUCCGUCCGAAGUGUGUGGAGCUGCGGCGCAUAUACGAUAACUUCACCAACGAGGCCAAAAAGAAAUACGACAUAUUGGCUAAAUCCCAUGAGAUUCAUAAACUGAUGGAUAAGGUGAACCACUGGUGCGAGUCUGGUGUGUACCUGCUGGCCUCCCAGGCCGUAGACAAGUGCCAGUCCCAGGAGGGUGCGGAAGCUGCCCUGCAGGACAUCGAGAGGUUCCUGGAGACGGCAAAGGAGCAUCAGCUGAGCAGCCUCAAGGACCUCUACAACCAGUAUGAGAUUGUCCUCACCCAGGAGGUCAAGAGCAAUGUGCUGAAGUCCCUCCAGAGGCUGGAGGACGUGCAGGAGAUGUUUGAGAAGAGGCACGUAAGCCUGAAGAGGCUGUCCGCCAAACAGACGAGGCCCGUGCAGCCAGUGGCCCCUCGGCCCGAGUCCUCCCCGAAACGCUCCUCGCCCAGAACCCCUCGGACCGCAGGUCACGGACCGAACCACCGGGCUCCAGAGAAAGCCAGUACCCCGAAACAACCCAGUGACGCUGACAUAGCGAAAAAGAAAAACAUUCGCAAAUCCAAAGGCAUUAAGAUUGAAGUCAUGCACGAAGCGAGUCAGGGAGGUUCGAGCCACGUGUUGGUGUCUAACGAGACCGAGGAGAGCUUGUCAAGCAGGCGGAGACACAUCAUGAAUGAACUCAUCGAAACAGAAAGGCUGUACGUCGAAGAGCUGCAAAGUAUUAUAGAGGGUUAUGCCACGGAGCUCGACAAAGCAGAAUCGUCACACUUGGUUCCCGCAGCCCUGCAAGACAAAAAAGAAGUGCUGUUUGGAAAUCUUCCGGAAAUCUACGAGUUCCAUAAUAGGACGUUUCUGAAAGAGCUCGAGAACUGUGCAGAGAACCCCGAACUGGUGGGAACGUGCUUUUUGAAAAGGAAAGAAGACCUGCAGGUGUACGAGAAAUACUGUCAGAACAAGCCGCGCUCCGAAUCCCUGUGGAGACAGUGCGGAGACAGCGCUUUCUUCCAGGAGUGCCAGAAGAAGCUGGACCACAAGCUCUCGCUGGACGCGUACCUGCUGAAGCCGGUGCAGAGGAUCACCAAAUACCAGCUGCUCUUGAAGGAGAUGCUCAAGUGCAGCAAGAACUCAGAAGGCACAGCUGAACUAGAGGAGGCUUUGGCCACAAUGCUUGACAUCGUAAAGUCUGUCAAUGACUCCAUGCAUCAGAUCGCCAUCACAGGGUUUGAGGGGAACCUCUAUGAGCUGGGCAAGCUGCUGAUGCAGGGCUCCUUCAACGUGUGGACAGAGCACAAGAAGGGCCACAGCAAGGUAAAGGACCUGGCUCGCUUCAAACCCAUGCAGAGACACCUGUUCCUCUACAGCAAGAUGCUGCUUUUCUGCAAGAAGCGUGAGGAAACCUCAGAUGGCCACGAGAAAUCACCCUCCUAUAGCUUCAAGCACUCCCUGAAGAUGAGUGCUGUUGGAAUCACAGAAAAUGUCAAAGGAGAUCUGAAGAAGUUUGAGGUGUGGUACAACGGCAGAGAAGAAGUCUAUAUUAUCCAGGCUUCCUCCAUGGACGUGAAGAACAUGUGGGUGUCAGAGAUCAGGAAGGUGCUGACGGGGCAGCUGGAGGCCUGCAGAGAAGCCAGCCAGCUGCAUCAAAGGAUCACGGAGAAUGUGUACCACGCUCCCCUGAACGUGUCCAACACAAGAAUGAUGAGGAAAACAGCCCUGAAGCAGUCGGAUUCAUCCGGCCCAGAGACGGCAUUCAAAAGGAGCAACCCAAGUCCAAACAUGAGACAGAAGCGAGCGGAUGCUUCUGCUGACCAAAAUACGGAGCGGGCAGCUCUGGCUAAAAAGCGAUUUACGUUGCAGGGCCUCUCCAACCGCAGGUCUCUACCCCAAGAACCUUCAUCUAAAGAGACAGAUGUCACGCGCCGCUUCUCUUUAGCAUCUUCCAUCAGUGCCUCUGCCACUAGACGCACAAAAGGUCCUCUGUCUGCUAACCUUAAAACCAAGAGGCACGAAAUAAAGAGUGACCCCACACCGCUGGGGUAUGAAGACACAUUGAAGGGAGCUAUCUCAGCAGAAAGUAAACGUAACAGUACUACAAGUACAUGUUCAGCUGUACCCAGAUCUACGUCGCAAACAGGGUGGACCCAAAAGCGCUUGCCCUCAAUGGACACAGAAGACUUUGAAACCAUCCCCUCCAGCGCCGAGGAACUUUCCAACUCGUCCGAGGCCGAGGAGGAGAACCAUAAUAAAAAUGGGGACCAUGAUCCGUUUUCAGUUCACUUGACGUACGAGGAAAAAACAGCGCAGGACCCAUCUCGGGAGUCGGGAGAUUUAGUGCAGUUUCUGGAAGAAGCGGAAAAUGGGCACUGAUGUCCUCACCCGUGUGGGCGCGUCAGCCUCAAGGUGCACGAAAGGAGACGACACUGGGGAGACUAAACAGCGAGAGAAAGGAAACCGACAUUAAGAAUCUGUCCUUUUGGAUCUGUCCACCUGUGACUUGUUAUUGUGCCAUGGGCUUAUGGACUUUGCAGGAUGCCUUCCAUUCCAGCAUCUGAUGUGAAACCUCUCUAUGAAGUCGACAGUGAGGGUCCUACACUCGAAUGAACCGAAGGAGCACAACCCCGGUUGUGGCAGUGUUUGUUAAUCCCACACCUUACUUGGACCCUGGUGUAAAUAAAGGACAUUCCUACUCAGCUGCUGUGUUCCCAGAAAACCACAAAUGAAUUUAACUGGUGCUUUAUGCUUUCAUAGGCAGUUGCUGUGCCUUCACCGCGUGAUCCUAACCCCUCCCCGGGUUGAACUCAGUCAUCAGCGUGAACAAAUAUACACUGUAAGUGGAGUGAAGGAAGACAUCAUCAGCUCUAGCACAGAUGUUAAGGACAACGAUGCCCAAGCCUGGCUCCCAAAAACUGGCUCCCCAUGGUUUUAAAUCUCUUUCAGCCACAUAAUUCAGCAAUAGUCGUACAUUUCAAAUGAUUGCGGUGUUUUCAAUUUACAGAGAAUAAGUAUUGUGUUUGGUCAAUAAAUAUGCAUUACCGUACAAUAAACAUGGAAUUUAAAAAUACAACAGCAUCUGGUAAAAGUAAAAAUAUUCUCUCAUUCAAGCUUAAAGGUUUUGUUCUGUUCAGUAUAUUAAACUCAGAAAUACUGUCUGAGAAAAGUGGUUACUUUUUUCCAAGAAACUUUUAACAGCAGAAAAAUAAAGACAUUUUGUCAUUUUCUACUAUGUUUUAUAUUCGGUGCACCCCACGUAAUAUAUCAAAUGCAACUUUUUUCUUCAGGCGAUAUAUAAAUAAGUAUAUUCAGUCAAGGAAAACAGGCCUUUUACAGCGACACUGUACAUACAAGCCUAUAUGUUAAACAUUGCUGCAGGCUUUCAAAUGUAAUAUAUGUUCGGAACACAAAGUGACAGAACAUGAUUUACAGUCCUAAACAUCAUUUCAAAAGUUUGGGACACUUUUGCUCUCAAACAUCAGGCCACAGUGUUGUAUUUUUAUUUUAAUUUUUUGUUGAAUGAAUGUAAGUUUUUGUUGACUGAUGAAUGGCUCUCAGAAUGUCAUGCUCAGAUCAUAUUGUUAAAGCUAUAUGUUGGUCAGGCUUGUUUUUACCAAAACUAUGUAAAAUCUUUGAACAAAGCCUCUUGUAAAUAAUAAGUUAUUUAAAUGAAACAUUUACGUUCCUGACACUGGUUUAAAAUUUGCUCUUAGAAGCAAAAAUGAUGUCAGUACAAUGUGUUUGUUCUACUGAUUUCAGCUGGGUUGAUAUUAUUCAAAAGUAUAUUGUUAUACAAAGAAAAAAAAUGGAUGGAACACAUGACCACUUGUGCCAAAAUCCAUUAUGUGUGGGUUGCAGGUGUGUGAGCUAUAUUGAAUCAAAGUCAUUUCAUUAUUUAAUUUCGUUAACGUAAGCACACUGCAAUCUAAAGCUUAGUGAAUUUUUUUUUUUUUUAAGAAAAUAUUUCAACAUUUCUGGCUGCAUACAGGACUGAACUCAUUUAAGCACAGGUGGAAGCACAAGAUGUAUUGAAGGGCAGCACAAACUCAGCCUUCAAGGAAUUUGACAGCUGUCUCAGGCUGUUCGGACCGUUUUUGUAUGGAAAUUGUAAUUGGAAAAAUGUGUACAUUUGUUUUCUGUACAUUUUAACCGUGUGAAAAAUACAUGACUUGCAAAAGUCAGCAUUUGUGAUCAUGACUUGAAAUUUGU